UUGUCACUGGCGUGUGUCUGUCAUUUAAGUUUUCAACCAUUCCGGUUUUUUAAUAAAAUUGAUUUUAUUUACAACUUGAAUAAUAUAUUUAUCAAAGCAAGAAACCAUCAAUCCAGAUGUUGAAAAGUGAUAAUCAAUCAGGGGAAGCACCCCAAUUUAUAGCGCCUGUAAUACAGGAUAAUCCAACUGGAUGGGGGCCAUGCGAAAUGCCUGAACAAUUCAGGGAUAUGCCAUAUCAACCAUUCAGCAAAGGAGAUCGUUUAGGAAAAAUAAGUGAUUGGACAGGAGCCGUCUUACAAGACAAAAAAUACGCAAUAAAGUAUGCCUCCCAAUUUGGUUCUGGCAGUCAAUAUGCUUACUACCAUGAGGAAGAUGAAAGUACUUUCCAUCUCGUUGAUACAACUCGUGUACAGAAACCACCAUAUCAAAGAGGUAGAUUCCGUCCUAAUCAACGUAAUAUGAGAGGACGUGGUGGAAGAGGUGGAGCCCAAACUGGAGGCAUGCAAGCUCUGGGUAAAGGCCUUAAAGCUAGGGAUACCUACAAAAGAAACCAGAUCAAGAAAUGGGGACAAGGAAGGCCUCAAAUUAAAAUAAGAGAUGCCUCAGUCACUGUGAAGCCAGAUUGGGUAACAAUUGAGGAAAUGGACUUCCCUCGAUUAGGAAAGUUGUCCUUACCAAAUAUUAAAGAUGGUGAUGACAUUAUGCUUUGUGGUGAGCUUGAAUACUACGACAAAGCUUAUGACCGUGUUAAUGUUAAGAAUGAGAAACCUCUUCAGAGUGUGAAUAGGAUCUUCCAUACUGUAACCACAACUGACGAUCCUAUCAUCCGUAAAUUAUCAAAAACUGAGGGUAAUGUUUAUGCCACUGAUACAAUAUUAUCAACAAUUAUGUGCUGUACUAGAUCCAACUACUCGUGGGAUAUCGUCAUUGAGAAGAUUGGUGACAAGCUAUUCUUUGACAAGAGAGACAACACAGAAUUCGAUCUACUAACUGUUAAUGAAACCUCAGUGGAACCCCCUCAAGAUGAUAGCAGUGUGCUGAAUUCUCCAAGAGAUCUGGCUUUGGAAGCUACUUUUAUAAAUCAUAAUUUCAGUCAACAGGUACUGAGGACCGGACCUGGAGAACCUAAGUACAAGUUUGAGAAUCCUAACCCUUUCAUUUCCGAUGAAGAAGAAGGUGAAAUUGCGAGUGUUGGUUACAGAUACAGAAAAUGGGACCUUGGUAGUGGAAUUAUUCUAGUUGCCAGAUGUGAACAUGAUGCUAUGGUUCAAACUCCAAAUGGAGAACUGCAAUUCUUGACCAUCAAGGCUCUAAACGAAUGGGAUUCCAAAUUGGCUAACGGAGUGGAAUGGAGGCAGAAGUUGGAUACUCAAAGAGGAGCAGUAUUAGCUAAUGAAUUAAGGAACAACGCUUGUAAACUGGCCAAAUGGACCGUCCAAGCUCUUCUUGCUGGAAGCGAUCAGAUCAAGUUCGGUUAUGUGUCAAGAGCCCACGUCAGGAACAGCAGCAAGCAUGUCAUCUUGGGUACUCAGCAGUACAAACCACACGAAUUCGCUACUCAAAUCAACUUGAAUAUGGACAACGCUUGGGGAAUUUUGAGGUGUAUUGUUGACAUCGUUAUGAAGCAAAAAGAUGGAAAAUAUCUGAUAAUGAAAGAUCCCAACAAGCCCAUGAUCCGUUUGUACGAUAUUCCUGACAAUACAUUCGAAUCCGAUGGAGAAUCGGAGAGCGAUGAUGACGUUCCUCAAGACUCAGCAGCUUUCCAAGGUCUCUAUCCGUACAAUAAGAGUUAAUGAGAAUUUUUUAAGUUCAUAUAAAUAAAACUUAUGGUGAAUGUUCAAGUAUUUUAAUUCUGUAACUUUUGCCCUGAAAUAUAAUAUUUAAACUU